UCAUCACUGACUCAUUAGCAAAUCAGUCGAUUUGAAGAAUUUGUUUUGAUAGCAUAAUCGACGAUUCUCAUAUCAGUUGCAAAAUGUCUCAACUGUCGUCUAAUUUCUUAAAAAUAACUGUUCAAAAUGGAAAAAUGAACUGUUUGAAGUUUCAUGUGCAGUGUAAACACACGGCCAACAUUCCACUGCAGACAAUACGCGAACGGCUGGAGAGCGGUCCUAACUUUCAGGAUUUUGUACAGAAUCCAUCCUAUAAUCGGGACGAUUGGAGUGAGUAUGAAGGAAAGUUAAAACGGGAGAAAGGUGAAAAUGAUCGUCUUCGAUUGCCACCCUGGCUGAAGACUAAAAUCCCGAUGGGAAAAAACUACAGUCGCAUCAAGGAGCAACUUAGGGAGCUUAAAUUAGCAACCGUCUGCGAAGAGGCCAAGUGUCCUAAUAUUGGCGAAUGUUGGGGCGGAGGAGAACAUGGAACGCAAACGGCCACUAUAAUGUUGAUGGGCGAUACGUGUACUCGGGGUUGUCGUUUUUGUAGUAUCAAAACAGCACGUACCCCUCCUCCAUUGGAUCCAGCAGAACCUAAAAACACAGCGAGUGCAAUCGCUUCUUGGGGUUUGGAUUAUAUCGUACUUACUUCAGUUGAUCGGGACGACCUGACUGAUGGAGGGUCACAUCACAUAGCAGAAACAAUUCGAGAAAUUAAGAGACAAAAUCCUCGCAUUUUCGUCGAAUGUUUGGCUCCGGAUUUCCGAGGUGAUUUGGAACACGUCAAAACGGUUGCUCUUUCGGGCUUGGAUGUGUAUGCUCAUAACAUCGAAACGGUUGAAGCGUUGACGCCAUUUGUUAGAGAUCGAAGAGCGCAGUACAGGCAGAGCUUAAAGUGUCUCCAAAGCGUAAAAGACAUAAACCCAACCAUGAUUACUAAAACAUCGAUCAUGUUAGGAUUGGGAGAGACUGACGAGCAGGUUGAGCAAACAAUGAAAGAUCUUCGUGCCGUGGGCGUGGACUGCCUUACGCUCGGUCAGUACAUGCAGCCUACCAAGCGACACUUGAAAGUGAUCGAAUACGUUACACCGGAGAAAUUCAAACACUGGGAGGAACGGGGCAAUGAAAUGGGCUUUCUAUACACCGCCAGUGGUCCCUUGGUGCGAAGCUCGUACAAAGCAGGGGAGUUUUUCAUCACCAGCAUACUGAAAAAUCGUGCCGAGCAAACUAAGAGAUCUGAAACGCAAACUGAUUCGAACCAGAAUUGAGCCAAAAAAAACGAAUCGUGUCAUUUUGUAGGUGCAGUGGGUAGCAAACCUGUCAAGUGUAAUUGGUGUAAAAAAAUAAUAAAAGUGCAAUUAUAUGAAUAUUAGUAUCAUGAUUUGUUAUUAUGUUCAUUGUGGAACAAUCAAAUGCUCGCACGUGUUAUAGAAAUCGCUAUAUGAUUAUUUGUAAAUAUAUAUGGACAUCUAGGUUGCUGUUAA